AUGCCUUCAGGACAAGGAGCGGGCACGAACCCCAUCCACAACAAGAAGCCGAAGAAGAAGCAACAAGAAGAUCUCGAUCCCUCGGAAAUUGAGCACCAGGAAAAGCUGAGAGCAGACGAGAAGAAGCGCAAGGAACUGGCUGCGAAGAUUGGAGGAAAAGGCGGACCACUGAACACCGGUGGCCAGGGCAUCAAGAAGAGCGGCAAGAAAUAA